AUGCCGUCGCCGAAGCCCAUUGCCAAGCGUCGACAACGCCGAUACGUUGUGCGACAGAUUCGUAUCUUCCUCCGCAUGUAUGCUCUGCUUGGGCCAUGCUCGAGACUCCGACUCUUUGCCAAGUCGUACCAUAUCCCCGUAGCAACAUUCCGACGGUGGGUCGCGAACUCGUCCAGCUACCUCGCCAAAACGACCCAUGGCCCGCGGGCAACUCUUCACGGCAAAGGACGCCUGGAAUCUGUCGAGUUCUCAAGCGACUUGGUCGCAUUCAUGGAGUCGGUGCGGGACGGUGAACACUUCCUCACGACUGCACAUCUGGUCACCUAG